UCUGAAUCCAGCCUAACCCCUAAAGUUAGGUACGUUGGGUUAGGUAUGUUGCUGCCGAGUCGAGCCACGCGUGUUUCGACGAGAGCGUGAUGCGCGCGAUCCCGCUGGGUCGUACGGGGAGAAACGGUCCUCUCCUCGUCGACGCUCCGCCUCGUUAUGCUGAGGAAACUCGUGCCCAGGAUUAUCCGCGAGUUCACGCAGUACGCGUGUAUCGUGUACUGCGUGUGCGAAUACGUGGCCGACGUCGUCGUGUGCAGCGGUCCGUCCAUGGAGCCCACAUUGUACACAAACGACGUAUUAAUUCUGGAACGGAUAUCGAUUAGAUUGCAAAGGCUCAACAAGGGGGACAUCGUCAUUUCCAAGUGCCCCAACAAUCCGCAGCAGAAUAUAUGCAAGCGAAUCGUAGGCUUGCCUGGCGACAAGAUAAGGAAUGGCUUCAGCGUAACGACGAUACCUUGCGGACACGUUUGGCUGGAAGGCGACAACAGGAACAACUCUACGGACUCGCGGGAGUACGGGCCGAUACCUCAGGGAUUGUUACAUGGUCGAGCUUUGUGUAAAAUACUCCCGCUCAGAGAUAUAACUCUGUUCACGACCAAAUGUGCAACCUAAAUUACUUUUGCAUGUAAUAGAUAUUAUAUUACUCGGGGAUGUCCACUCAACGAUGUUCUAGGUAGAUUAAUUUAAAAAAUAAAAAGGUUUGCGUAUACAAUAAACCUUACAUAUGUACAUA